UGCACUACACACUAUAUAUAUCAAAUAUAAAAAAGUAACUGCACACGUAUCAAAAAGCCAUUUUUGCAACGUAAUAAUAAGCUAAAUAACGUCACUGACCCAUAUAUUUCUCCAUAAUAAAUGGGCUAUUAUUAAUCAUUCACACACUACUUUAUAGGUGUCGGUACAGCCCUACACUCUGCUGUCUGAAAGUGCUGUCUUCUUAACAUGUCAAACAUCUGAAUAAAAUUAAUUACAAAAUAUCUUACGACGUUAACAGGCAGUGACGAAAACGUCUCCAGAGGAAAUAUUCCCGGAUCCCACGCUUUGAUCCUUGACAUUCCAUUAUGACAUCACCAUCAUUCUGUCAAAGGACGCGCGCGCAAAACAAUCCCCAGAUUAGCUGGAAUCGCGCUGUGACACGCGCUCAAGGAGCAUUUGUCUUCAGUGAAAGAGACGAAACUGAAUCAAGUUUGGCAGGAGGCAGAUUCAACGCUUCUCCUGAAACCUUAUUUGUGCUUGACUUAACGCUUUUAAUCAUGGAUGCGUCCCUCUUUCAGUUCUUCAUAGAGGAAUUCGGCGACUCCAACUGUACUCUUAUUGAUGCUUUCCAGCGCACUUUAUACGAGAAUUCAUCUUUCGCUUCGAUGAGCGUCGAUGGUAUCUAUUGUAACUCCACCACGGAUGAAAUUGGAACUUGCUGGCCAAGAAGCAACUCUGGACGAAUAAUUGAGCGACCGUGUCCGGAGUACAUUAACGGCGUCAAAUACAACACCACGAGAAUUGCUUACAGAGAGUGCUUGGACAAUGGUACAUGGGCACUGAAAAGUAACUACUCCAACUGUGAGCCCAUUUUAGAGGAAAAGAGGAAGUACCCAAUGCACUACAAGAUAGCCCUCAUCAUAAACUACUUUGGUCACUGUAUAUCUGUUGGAGCUCUCGUUAUUGCCUUCAUUCUCUUUCUGUGCUUGAGGAGCAUCCGAUGCCUUCGCAACAUAAUCCACUGGAACUUAAUUACAACUUUCAUUCUGAGGAAUGUAAUGUGGUUUUUGCUUCAACUGAUUGACCAAAACAUUUAUGAGACAAAUGAGCCCUGGUGCCGUCUUAUAACAACAAUCUAUAAUUACUUUGUGGUGACCAAUUUUUUCUGGAUGUUUGUGGAGGGCUGCUAUCUUCACACGGCUAUUGUGAUGACAUAUUCCACAGACAAGCUUCGUAAAUGGGUCUUCCUCUUCAUUGGAUGGUGUAUACCGUGUCCGAUAAUUAUAGUGUGGGCCAUCGGAAAACUUUACAAUGAAAACGAACAAUGCUGGUUUGGGAAGGAACCUGGAAAGUACAUAGACUACAUUUAUCAGGGGCCCGUGAUUCUAGUUCUUCUGAUCAAUUUUGUGUUCCUUUUCAACAUUGUGCGCAUUUUAAUGACAAAGCUGAGGGCCUCGACCACAUCAGAAACAAUACAAUACAGGAAAGCCGUGAAAGCCACUCUAGUGCUUCUGCCUUUACUCGGUAUCACAUACAUGCUGUUCUUUGUGAACCCAGGGGAGGAUGACAUUUCUCAAAUUGUAUUCAUCUAUUUCAACUCAUUUCUUCAGUCCUUUCAGGGAUUCUUUGUGUCAGUAUUUUACUGCUUUCUUAAUGGGGAGGUACGUUCUGCAGCCAGAAAACGUUGGCAUCGAUGGCAGGAUAAUCACGCACUGCGAGUCAGAGUGGCGAGGGCCAUGUCCAUCCCCACCUCCCCCACCCGCAUCAGCUUUCAUAGCAUCAAGCAGACCACGGCUGUCUGACCUUCUCACAAUUGCUUUUCCUCAUUAGUAAUUCAGCCACACAGAUGAACUGCAAGUGGCAUACGAGACCAAGUGAUUGUUUGCCUUUCUGAUGGUCAUGGGUGUAUCAUCCAAUAACCAGUGAAUUUAAUUUAUAUGUCUGUGUAAUUUUGACAAUCUGCCCUGAAUUAACAGGUUUUUAACAGUAUUGAUGAACUGUUCCUUUUCACUUACUAGUUUGCAAACAUCCAAAACACUGUAGCAUCUGUUUCGCCUAUCUAUCUAUCUAUCUAUCUAUCUAUCUAUCUAUCUAUCUAUCUAUCUAUCUAUCAUCUAUCUAUCUAUCUAUCUAUCUAUCUAUCUAUCUAUCUAUCUAUCUAUCUGUCUAUUAUAAUUGGUAGCUGACUAUGAGUUAGUAAUGAACUCAAUAAUGAUUUCAGGUUAUUUUUAGGGGAGGGAACGGUGAGGGACAAGCACAUAGUGCACAGAUCACAAAUCAAUUUAUUACAAACAAACAAACAAAAAAAAUCUCAAUGUUUUAAAAUGAAAGAAUCUUAGUCCAAAUUUCAGCCCACACUUUCGGUACCAGAGUCUCCAGGUCUCCACAAAAGCAGCAGAUAUGGUUGUACUGCAAAAUAGGAAAACAACUCCCAACAAUACUCAGUAAUAUAAGUUACAUUACUAUUUAUUUUUCACCAAACUAUAUCAUGUGCAUUUAGAAAACUUUAUAUAAAUAUAUGGCACAAAGCACAUGGCAACAUUCUGUGAUACUUUUGCACCUUUUCUUAGAGCUUGAAUGUGGUCACUCUUCACUGCUAUUAUCUGGACGAGUGCAAGCAGGACAUUUUUUAUUUUCUA